UGCUACAUAAUCGGCUAAAUGAAUUCGCCGCUGCAAAUUUAGAAACACACACACACACACACACACACACACACACACACACACACACACAGCUGUUUACAUGCUUACUGCAACGACAUAGGGCGCACAUACGGAGUAAUAUUUUACGUUUGCAGAAUGCAUCGAAAUCUGGAAUACAUUUAACACUUUUAGUCUCGAUCUUUGAAUUCUGUCCAGGACUUGUGGGGAUUUUCUGUCGUUAGAUAGGCUACGGAGAUACGAUCACUGCCAAAAAAGAUUCCCAGAGCCAGCAGUCCUGGAGUGUGGCAGGUGAGGAUCAGAGAGAGUGAGGCUGUUGUGAAGACUUGGACAGUAUGAGUUUGGUGGAGAUCAGACAUACGGUUGGGUCCAUGACCCUGUCCUUAUCCAGCACAGACUCCAAGGAGAGGUACUUUGACCGGGUGGACGAGAGUGACCCAGAAUACCUCCGCAGCAGGAACAUGUCACCUGAAAUACAGCAGGACUUCAACAUGAUGGAGCAAAAGAAGAGAGUCACUCAGAUCCUACAGAGUCCAGUGUUUAAGGAUGAGCUGGAAGGACUGGUCCAGGAUCAGAUGACUAAGGGCAGUAAUCCAACAGGGCUGCUGGCUCUUAGGCAAGUAGCUGACCUGAUCGUGGCCAGUUCUGUGGGAGGGACAGGCUCCUUCACAUCUCCUCUCAGCACAGGGAUGGUCGCCCCAGUCAAUGACCUCUAUGGGGAAGAGUCUCCAUCCUUUACCAAAGGGGAGAAACAGUGUCGCUGUAAGCUAGCCAGUGUCUACAGACUGGUGGACCUUUUCAGCUGGGCCCAUUUCACCAGCUCAUACAUUACUGUCCGGGUUAGCAAAGAACAAGACCAUGUUCUUAUCAUCCCACAAGGGCUCUCUUUCACUGAAGUGACGGCUGGCAGUCUGGUGAAAGUGAACAUGAUUGGUGAUGUUGUCGACCAGGGAUCCACCCACCUGGAGGUGGACCACUCUGGCUUCAGCCCUCACACUGCUGUCUAUUCCAUGCGCCCUGAUGUCAGGUGUAUCAUACACAUCCACACCUCUGCCACUGCUGCUGUGUCCUCGAUGAAAUGUGGCAUCCUGCCCAUUUCCCAAGAGGCUCUGGUUCUGGGCGAUGUUGCCUACUUCGGUUACCAAGGCUGUCUGGAUGAUCAAGAAGAGAAGGUGGAGUUCCAGAAAGCCCUAGGGCCCACUGCCAAGGUGCUUGUUCUGAGGAACCAUGGCCUGGUUGCUCUGGGGGAGACUAUUGAGGAGGCUUUCCACUACAUUUACCACUCACAGCAGGCUUGUGAAGUCCAGGUCAGUGCUCUGCGGUGCUCUGCAGGAGUAGAGAACCUGGUGCUCCUGGACAGGGAGAGGUUCAAGCCCCUGACCCAUGGAGUGGCUGCUGCUGGGGUCACCGUGGACAGCGAAAUCAAGUGGAAAGUGGGCGAGGCAGAGUUUGAGUCGCUCAUGAGGAUGCUGGACAACCUGGGUUACCGUACAGGCUAUACGUACCACCACCCAAUAGUGAGGGAAAAGAUUCGGAACAAAAAUGAUGUGGAGAUUCCUGCCACGGUCUACACUGUCCCUUUGCAGGACAGUGAUCUGGGUCAGAGAAACCCCUUUAACUUCCUGGUGCAGAAACAGCAGAGGGAGAGGGCACGCUGGCUCAACUCUCCCAACAGCUACCUGAAGGUCAAUGUGCCUGAACGCUCACUCAGUGGAGAGUGUAGCCCCAGAACCAAGACCAUGUGGAUGAAAUCUGAAGAGACCAGCAAUGGCACUGGCACCUCCAUAAAGAUCGAGGACCCCAACCAGUUUGUUCCCCUUAAUACAAACCCCACUGAUGUUCUGGAGAAGAGGAACCAGAUAAGGCAACAGAACAAUGUUGAUCACAUGACUCCAGGACCAAAGUCCCAUCUUCUAGCUGGCAUCGUUGUGGACACCAUACCAGGACCAGCCUUUAUCAUUGAGGAUGAGGAGCAGAUGCGCUCUCUUCCUCCCAACCCCUUCAGUGAGCUGACAGACAAGGUGCUAGAAGAGUAUAAGAGCGUUGUGGAGCGAAGGCAGUUUUGCCAGGAUGAUGCUGAUAUCACAGAUGCAGAUGAGAUGACAACAUUUGACGAUUCCACCAUCUCACUGUCCCUGUCUCCACUCAUGUCUCCUGCCAAAGAGAUCAUACCCAAUGGGAAAGAUUAUAUGGAAGAACUGGAAGAGAAACUAAACAUCAAAGUAUCCAAGCUCAGUAUAAGCACCACAGAGAUGGUUGAAAUAUCCAUAACCUCAGAGAAAUCAUUGGGAGACGAGACCCCUGACAGCCAAACCAAGUCCCCCAAGAAGAAAAAUAAGUUUCGCACUCCCUCCUUCCUUAAAAUGAAUUUUAAAAAGGAGAAGGCUGAGGCCUAGAUGGAGAGACACUGAAGAAUGACAUGUCAGCUUAUUUGGUAUGAGAUGAGCUCAUGGGAUGAGAUGUGUUCCUUAGAGGAAAUGUAUGAGUCACUAAGAUCUUAAUAGAUCUCCAGCUUUUGGGAAGGAGCAACUGUAACAAUAAGCCUGUUAUUACAAUCUCCUUAUUACUCAAUCACUUCCUCUGAGGGCUCCACAUAUGAAUAGGGCUCCAGGCAUGAUGGGUUGAACAUGUAGUAUAUCAGCUGCAUUGUUCUUCGUACUGUAGCCAAUUCGCAAUUCUGUAAUACAAAUCAAUUAUAAUAUACUGUGCAGAUACAGAACCUCAUUCUUUAAAAGAUAAAACUCUUACUGAAAUACCACAUUGCCUGCUAUGUAUUUGUGGUCGGAUACUUUUUUCAUUCAGCCCAUCAUUAAACAGUAGGCCAGAGAUGAAGGUGAGACAUAUAAACAUCAUCUAUGUUGUGCAUGACACAAGUCAUUUUUCCAACAAUUGUUUACAGACAGAUUAUUUCACUUAUAAUUCACUGGAUCACAAUUCCAGUGGGUCAGAAGUUUACAUACACUAAGUUGACUGUGCCUUUAAACAGCUGGGAAAAUUCCAGUAAAUGAUGUCAUGCCUUUAGAAGCUUCUGAUAGGCUAAUUUACAUAAUUUUAGUCAAUUGGAGGUGUACCUGUGGAUGUAUUUCAAGGCCUACCUUCAAACUCAAUUCCU